CGAUCCUACAUUAAUCUAAGUCCCAGUCUUGCACCCAGGAUUGCUUCCAUUGCUUCCCCUUGGUGAACGUGGGGACCGACCGCCGAGUUCCGUUCCUAUCGGCUGUGAGUGGAGGCGCCCAAGCAUCCACUGAGAGGAGCCCCUGAGCGGUUCAACUGAACUCCUGAGAGGUUCGUGGGCAGACACCACUUGGCUUUGUGGAUGGAUCAGCCUGAUUUAUGAAUAUUGAGGAGUAUUGCAUUCUGAGUACGCCGGCCUAGCGUCCCACCUAGGCUCUUGGUCCUUCACUGGAUGCUCCAUCAGAUCACCGGCCUUCCCUAUCGAGACCGCUUUGCUUCCUUACAUUCUCACCACCUCCGCUAGACCCUUUCUUUCCCCUCUUCUUCCCUCGCCCCUCCUCCUUUCCUCCCCAGGCGCUUUCGUCCCCAACUCCGUGGUCUCUUGCGGUCCCGGGCAUCUGCCUCCAAUGCGGUUCCCGUCAUGUCGCUCAAUGGGCUAGAUAAUCCCGCUGUCAUCGAAGCCUACCAGACUGCUCUGGCCGAAGCGGGAGGAUGGUUUCUUCUCCGGUAUGUAUCAAGGGAUGAGGUUGCUCUCCUUGAUCGCGGGACCGGCGGGGUGCCCGAUGUGCGCAACGCGAUCGACAAUUACGAAGAGAAGUCUCCGCUCUAUGGCUUCCUCCAGUAUCGCCGACGAAAGGUGGUACUUAGCUAUCUACCAGAGGGCAUGUCCCGGCUCCUGCAAGCCCGAACAACCGUCCAAUUCCAAUCGGUUCUCGACAAAUUCUCCCCGCAUGACACGGUUUUCUCGGUGGCGCAGCCAACGGACCUCACGGAAAGCGCAUUGUCUUCUGCAUGCCUGCUGCAUACUGCGUCCGGUUCCAUCACCUCCUCGUCAAGCUCCCUCCGCCGUCGCCGAUUGAAGGAGAUCGCGGAAGAUGCGGAGGAAAAUACCGUAGGCAAGGAUGAGGCGCAGCCGCAGUCCCCGACCGAUGGCAUGCGGCAGAGAUCGUUCAGCCAACUCUCCGAGGCCACAGUUGUCCCACCAUCGGCGGUGUCAAGUGUACAACAAUCCCCCGUGGCCGACGAACCAACCAAGAAACCCGAGAGUGUCUCCGUUCGAGAACGGUCCCCUUCAGUAGCCAGGUCGGAGCGUGCUCCUUCCCAUAAGAGCUUUCACGACGACGCAUCCUAUGCUCCGUCAGAGCCUCGAAAAUCCUCGCAAUCCGCCCGACCCUCCGUCCGUGAGAUUGAACGUGCAGGAGGACGCACAACAAAGGUCAAGUUGGGCCCCCGGCCUUCGGUGGACGGAAGUGGGCGACCUCGGACUGCGGGCAAUCUAUCUCGAAGUGCCGAACGGCGACCGGUCGCAUCUUUACCUGCGGGCGUUCGAUCAUCAUCGUUGCGCAGGACGAACCCUAGUCCUUCCCGACCUCGAUCCCAGGGCGCCGGCAACAGCGUGCCUGUGUCCAGCAAAGUGCCCGCGGUGCCCCCGUUGCUGGUUCCCCCAUUGUCAAUGCCUAUCUCCCGACCCAAAAUUUCGCCCGGUGCCAAGUCGCUGAGCGCGCUCUCGUCUUCCACCACGUCACAGGAGAAGGAGCGGUUAAUGAAAGCCCUUCAGAUGCGGAAGACACAGAUGGAGAAAAAGGCCAAAGAGGGGAAAAAUAGCCCGAAAGCCGAAGGGGGAGGGGUUGUUGCCCAGCUGGAUGCGACCGAGAAUAAGGAGAACAUCAGUCAUAUACAAGUUAAAAUGAAGCACGACGGGGUCCACUUGGCAGGGUUGGACAAGGAACCCCUUUCCGAGACGCAGCCGACGGUGGUUCGCGAUCAGGGGGCCGACGAACAGUCGGCGUCUCCUAAUCCUUCCGGCGAUAAUGAGGCCAGCAGUGGUUCCCCUGAGCGCACGCACGCGGACCCCUCAAUAGAUGGCGUUGAGUUUCAGGCGGCUGCCCCUCGGUCGGAACCUGAAACGCAGACUGGCGACAGGGACUUGGGUACACCCAAUAAAUCCGGCGGCGCUACGGGUGGCCCCAGCUCCCCUAGGCUGCCUAGCGCCAUCGCUGCUCCACUCGAGAACAAUUCUGGAAAGGCUCCGGACGAAGAAAUUGUUGGCCCCUCGCCACCAAAACCAGUCCACCACCCUCUUGUUCCUGGCGAACAGGAGGAUCAAGACCUUGAAGUCAACCCAGCUGAGGAGCAGGUCGACUCGAUUUCUCGGCCCGACUCUCCACUCGAGAGUUCGCCCUCGACUGCCACCCCCAUUGCCUCGUCGAUCGUCGCCGCUCCCCCUCCGCCGGAGCCGCAGCAUGACUUGACCCCUGAAUCCUCGAAUGUGGAGCGACAGCACAGCACUCGAAAGGAGAAACGCAAACUUUACCUCGAACCUAUUCAAGUCCCAACUCCCGACUACUCGGAUGACGAGAACCUUCUCUCGGACGACUCCUUCAUGGAAGAAUUGAAAAGUGCCACGGUUGAGGAGGCCAAGCCCAUCUCGGUUGGCGUCUCCCCCCUCUCCCCGGGCUACUCCAACAGCAGCAACGGCAAGGUGUCCCCAGAUGCGUGGAGGAAUUCCCGCGCAGUUUCAAACCCUAGCGCCAUUGGACACCAGCCUCCCAACAUGCCGACCACCAUGGGUAGAUCGGUGUCGACGACGGCCGCCGAUGCUGCUGCUGCCCCAAAUGGGCCGGUUCUAGUAGCGAGGAAGAUCAACGUGUCCUCGGGCAUCUCGAGCCGGAUCAAAGCCUUGGAGAAGUUCUCCAGCACCCGUGACGCACCGUCAUUGACCACAAGCCUCGCUCCUUCCGCCGCCUCCUUCGAAACCCUCCGCAAAGGCUACUCGGAUGCCGCAACGUCCCGGCCUUUGUCGUCAUACAUCCCUGAACCUUUCUCGCGGGCGUCGAGCGUCAGACGACCCAACUCGCAGGCUGGCCCUGGCCUCACGCGCAGCGCCAGCUCGGUCUCGGUGACCGCUCGGAUCGUUCGCGGCCCAACUGCGACUGACGACUCGAUCCACCCAUCCGAGCCGGCCGUCCUUAAUCUACAACCCAGCCAGAUCACUGUUGAACAUGAGACUACCGAGGUUCCCGCGUUGCCGAGCCUGGAUACAGAACCGACCAUCCAGUCGGAAGAUGAUACCUUGCCUCCAUCGACUGCCGGAUCUGACCAACUGUCUUCCGAGUCGGUGCAUCGUCCCGAGAGCAGAAUUUCCAUCUCCCCUUCCAUCAAAGAAGAAGAGGCAUCGCCAGCCAAAUCCGACGAUGCACCCCCAACCCCUGAAGAUCAGAAGGAGUCCCGCGCUACGCGGCUUCUGCGGCGCAUGUCCUCCAUCACCUCCCGUAAAAGCGUCGUCGGUGUGCUGAACCCGAUCGUCAAAGGAGAGGGAAGUAAUGUCUCUCUCAAGAUCGAGGAGCCCGAGAAGGUUGCCCCGAGCGUGACAGAGGCGGCCCCAGCGAUCGAUAUCGGCGAGGUCAACGUGCAGUUUCCCGACACCCUCCUUUGGAAACGGCGCUUUGUCCGGAUUGAUGAUCAGGGGUAUCUGGUGCUGACUCCGGGGAAUGUGGACUCAACUAACCGCAACUUGAUCAAGCGGUAUCACAUGUCGGAGUUUCGGACUCCUUGCCUGCCGGACGAAGACCGACAGGAGCUCCCCAACAGCAUCCUGCUGGACUUUCUGGAUGGCAACACUCUCCAAUGCGCUUGCGAGUCGAGACAGGGACAAACCUUCGUGCUUCAAACAUUGAUCGACGCCCACGGCACCUACCACACUGCCCCCUAGCUGGUCUGCCUACUGAGCUGUGCCUUUCUCUCAUUUGACAUGCAUAUAUUGCGCAUUCCUUCACCAUUUCCUUCCUCAUCCGGUGUUUUCAGCGGUAUACCCCUCAAAAACGGUUUCCUUCUGUACCAACUGUUUUUGCAUCCCCAAUUCUCUUCCCAACUCUUUUCUUUGUUUCGACUUGAUGAGGUGCAUGUCUGUAUGGCUAGGGCCACGGUUGGGAUCUGGCUUGACAUUGGCAGUAUUCGGCGGUUCUCUUUGGUGUGGCGCUAUCUAGACAGCCUUAUUGGGUGUGCUGGACAUUGUUCGCAUGCUGUUUGAUCUAAGAAUUGUAAACUUGGCAGUUGGCAGUUUGCAUGAACGUACUCUAUUCAUUGUAUGCUUUCCAAGAGUCGAUGGCAGUACUCGUUACUUGAGAUGAUCACAGGUGUUUAUUUAUUCCAUAUCCCAAC